AAUUUUAUUUUAAAUGUGUAUAUAGAAUAUCUUACAUAGAAUAUUUGUUUUAAUCUUUUGUCAUAAUAUAUAACUCUAGUGUAAAUAUUAGAUAUGUAUCAAAAUUCAUGUCUUCGGCGUAUUUAUAGAAUAUAUUUUAAUUGUUUUAAGGUCUUAAAUUUUUGUUUAAUGUUUUUACUAAAACUUCUAUCUUACUUUCCUUAAGAUUUACUUACUCGCCCUGGCUUGGUCCAGUAACCUUUGAGAUUUAAAAAUAAAAUGAAUCUACUUAGUGUCAUGAAAUAAAAGUAGUGAAAUUUAAUUAUUAUUUUUUAUUAAAACGGUUUUUUUUAAUAAGUUUAUAGAAUAAAUCUCAUAUUAUUCGAAAUACCAAAAUGAAGUACCACAGUUACGAGGACUGCCAACCCCAGCCGAAUAUCAAUCUGCACCCACUACUUUACGGCUAGAUUUAGCGGGAAAAUGAGGUAUUUUGCGGUAUAUACUGCAAAAGUACGCGUUAUGCGCGUGCUACCUUGUACUCGGGAUUUGGGAUUUGGAUACUCUGGUGCGCCAUUUUCGUGCCUGAAAAAAGCCGAGUUACAGUGGCAAGAAAAUUGCAAAAACGCGAAUAUUCACAUUGCGAAAAGUGUAUCAAAGUGUGGAAAAGUUUCGCGCAAACUGAAAAGCAACCGCCGAUGAUGAGUCCAGCUUGAAUUGCAAUGUAAGGCUGUUAGGUGUGGAAUCAGACGCGUUUUCCUGACUCGUGCGCCCCAACCGUCGCGACUCUCGACCCGGCCAGCAGUAUUCCCACAUAAAUAAAUACCCGCCGACGCCGUUGUUUUCAGUGCCAUUGCAUUCUCGGGAGCUAAUGCAAGUGAAUUGAUGUCUAUAUAAACAAUCGCCUUGAUCUGAUCAUUGGUAAGCAAGGAAACGAAAAUGGAGGAAAUAUCCAGCCUAGACUCCUUUGGCGCGGACUCGAACGCCCGGCCCGAGUCGGCCACUCCCCGACCAGAGGAUCAGGAGCAACAGCAACAACAGAACCCAGUGGAUACCCAAGAUACUCCGGCCUCACCGCCAGCAGAAGAUGCCGCCCCCCAGUUCAGCGAGCUGCGGCCCCAGGACACGGGCAAAGAGCCGGAAGAGGACUUCGAACAGAUAUCAGAGGGAUCCUUGGACGCGGAGGACAACCAGUCCCAGGACAAGGCUUCAGCCUCGCCGCAGAGGGAUCCUGUAGAAGCGGAACAGCAAACAGAGGGUACUCGGGGCGAUCCUGAGGAGACAGACGGCUUGAAAAGGGACGAAGAGGUCGGCGGCGAUGCUGUAGAUGGAGGUCCGGCCUCCAACGAAGCCAUGGAUGUGGAUGAGGGUGAAGCAGGAGGGGAACAGGAUGCUGGAGAGAACGAAGAAACCGCAGAAAGACAUGCAACGGAGGAGCCGGACGCAGCCGACGAUGUGGAAAUGCGCUCUGUGGGCGGAGAUUCCCGCCAGGCGGACGACGUAGAGCCUCCAGAGGGCAGAGACGAGGUUGAUACGAGUCUAGAAGAUCGGGAAAACGUGACCGAGGCCAAUGAGAUUGAGAAUGAAAACGAAGCUCCGGGGGAGGACGACGACAAUCCGGAUGGUGACGCCGAAUCCGAGCAGAUUGAAGAGGGCGACGGAGCAGAGGAAGGUGGAGAAGCCGAGCACGGAGAUGAAACCGUUGAAAACGUUUUGGAGCCAGAGGAAUCAGACGUUUGUCUCAUUCCUGACGAUCCAGAAACCGAGGUGACGGAAGCUGAGAAGGAACAAGCCCGCGAAAACGCCGAGAAGGCUGCCGAAGAGGAAGAGGCUGCCGAGCAGAGCCAAUCAAAAUCCCCCCAGACCGAGGGAAAAUCCGCCACAGACGCACCUGUUGAUCCAGAAUCCGAGGGUGGUGUUGGUGGCGAGCCCACCGAAGAGUCUCAGACCACUGGAAAUGAUGCUCAAGCCGGAGAUAAGGCGGCAUCGGAAAGGGCCGAAGACGAUGCCGGCGGUGCAGCAGCCAACGACGAGGACGCCGCCGAAAAUGCACCUGAUGUCGACGAGCCCACUGGAGAGGAGUUCGCCAGCGGAGCGAGUGGAGAGCCUGGUUCAUCGCCAAAAACUAUCAUCAGCUGGAUCGUGGGCAGUGUGGAGAAGUGUCGACAAUGCGAUAACGAGAAGUCCUGUGGCUUCCGCUUCAAAAAACCAGAGGAGUCUCAAGAAAAGGACAAGGAAGAUGGCGACAACGAGGAUGAGGAAACUCCCAAGGAGCCAGCUGCCGCUGUUUACGAGUUCAUCUGCGACUCAACGUGCUGCAAUGCCCUACUGGCAGAUAAUCCUGGAAAGUUCUUCGUACGGCGCAAGAAGUUCCUCGUGGAAGAGGUUGUUCGAGAAGAGAGCGCCGAAAAACCAGAUGCAGAAGGCGAAGCAGCAGAAGAAGACUCAGGUGCUGCCUCAGCAAAGACCCAGUCCUGUCUGCAGUGCAGGGAGGAGAAGCGGUGCAAGUACUUUAUAAAGCAGGACCAGGACUGCUUCUACAUCUGUAACGAUGACUGCUUCAAUCUCCUCAACGCGGAGGAGCCGGACAAGUUUAAGCUGAAGAGACACUCGAUCAGGGUUCGCAAUAUUGGCGCCACCACGCUGCAGCCCCAGCAGAGUUCGCCUGGCAAGCGGGCCGAAAACAGUGUAGUAGCCAGGACGCUGGCCGAAGCCGAGGCGGCAAGGCUGGACAGGAUCGAAAGCUUCCGCAGACGUUGCGCCGACUGUGAGGCAGAGAUUAACGUGAACGAGAAGCAACUCAUCUGGGAAACCAUGGACUUCUGCAACGAGGUCUGUCUGGGAAGCUACCAGCGCACCAUCGGCUCCAGCUGCGAGACUUGUAAGCAGGAGGUGAGCUCCACGGCCCUCGGCAAGUACUGUGUCCGUUUCGGCUUUGAUGUCCGGCAGUUCUGCUGCGCUGGAUGCUUGAACACCUUCAAGAAGGGUCUGAAGACCUGUUCCUGCUGCCAGAAGGACAUCAGCGGUGGGCAGGAGGGUUUCCUGGCACCCGUGGGUGAUAAGGACCAGUUCAAAGACUUUUGCUCGCAAGCCUGUCUCCGCCGAUACGACAGCAUGUGCAAUCCCAGGCGGAAACUCCGCACCGAUAUAUGCGGCGUGUGCAACAACGAAAAGCCAGUCCGCGUUGAGAUGCUUCUCGAGGACAGAGAGCACUAUUUCUGCUCCAAUCCGUGCUUCUCGGCCUUCAAGUUCGUGAGCAACGUAAACGCCGACCCCUGCGCCAUGUGCUCCAAGUAUUUUGAGCGUAGGAGCGCCGAGGCGUACACCAUCUACAACGAGCAUCAAACGCCGAAGGUCUUCUGCUCUCGAGUGUGCAUCAACGUUUAUAUCAUUGUCAAUCGGCACAUCGUCUCGUGCCAGUGGUGCAAGGUGAAGAAGUACAACUUCGACAUGAUCUACCAGCUGAGUGGUCAGGAGGACCACGAUACCCUCACACUAACCUGCUCCAUCAACUGUCUGACCAUGCACGGCGUCAGCUGCAACAUCUCGGCCCGGGCGGUUACUAAGUGCGACAACUGCAGCAACUUCAACACCCCGCAGUACCAUCUGACCAUGUCAGACGCCUCCAUGCGCAACUUCUGCACCUACCAGUGCGUAAUGCAAUUCCAGAAUCAGUUCGCCCGUGCGCCGCUCACCCUGGACAGCGACCAGCCCGCCUCCGGAAGCAGUCCGAGUAGCAGCAGUUCCAAGACUCAGCAAGGCAGCUCUUCGCGCGGCAGCCGACGGGACACAGCACCCUUCCCCACAGGUCUACCCAAGCGUGUCAAGCUCAAGCUCUCCCAGCAGUCUGGAAAACCUACUGCCAAGAAAUCAGGCGGAAGCACCAUGGUGCCGGUUAUAUCUACGGUACAAUCUCUGGCAAGUGGGGAAAAUCUGACUGUGCGGCGCAAACGUGGACGUCCUCGAGAAUCAGGAGCUGCUUCACCACCUCCGCUACCAGGAUCCCAUCCGACACCCCAACGAGGAAGGCCCCGAAAGCACAUCGACUAUACAGCACGAUCUCCGUCGCCAGUUGGACUGUCGCCGAUCGGAGCCCGGCGAAACACAACCACAUCCAUGGACUAUCCACCGGCCACGGUAUCAGAGACAAAGAUCAUCACAGUGCCGCCGUAUCCAAAAGCUGUGCGCAACGUAAACAUUAGCUGUAAACCAAUGAUGGUGUCCACGGGUGAGCAGGCCACUCCGUCCAUGAGAGAUUGUGCUAGCCAGACCGAGAAGGACUACUCCAACAAGGUGCUCAUCCCAGUGCCGGUGCCCAUCUUUGUCCCGCAACCGAUGUAUAUGUACUCUGCUCCGUUCCCCGUACCCGUGCCCAUUCCACUCCCCAUCCCAGUGCCGAUAUUCAUACCGACGACGAGAAACACCUCGCAGGGUAUACUCAAGGAGAUCAAGAAGAUCCAGGACAAGAUGCCCGAGGAUCCGCUCGAGGCUGAGCUCCUUAUGAUGGCCGAGAUGGUUGCCGAGGAGAAGCAUGACUCAGAUUCCGAUUCUGAUAACGAGAUCAAGCCGGAUCCGGGCCUUGUGACCCUGCAGUACCAGAACAGUCUCGAGGCCGUUGCCCAGCAGCAGCAGCAACAACAGGUGGUUGACGUCAGCGGGGCUGGGCACAACCCCUAUGGUGACGAUAUGUUGCAGAUAGCAUUGAAGAUGGCCACGGGCGACUAUGACAACCACCAUCAAACUUCCACGGUGGAUCUGGAGACGUCCAUGACGGCUAAUACCAUCAGCAGUCAAUCGCCAAUGGGACACGACGGUAUGGGUCAGAUGGGAGUGCAUCAUCUGGAUCAACAGCAUCACAUGUUGGAUGCAACAAAUCGGUCACCCCGAGGACGCAAGAGGGCCGGCGGCGCUGUCCUGGAGUCGCCUAAUCGUAACAGCAGGUCACCAGUUAAGCGGCAGCGUGGCGAAAUGGACCACUCCGCCCUGCAACAACAGUCGCAGCAGGCACAGCAGCCGCAGGAGAAGCCCGAUGCCCAAAUGUUCCUCAAAUACACGUUCGGAGUAAACGCCUGGAAGCAGUGGGUGAUGACCAAGAAUGCCGAUAUCGAAAAGAGCUCUAUGCGAAGGCGGCCCUUCAAGACGGAGCUCCUCCAGAUGACCGCCGAUGAGUUGAACUACUCACUGUGUCUCUUCGUGAAGGAGGUGCGCAAGCCCAAUGGCACAGAAUAUGCUCCGGACACAAUAUACUAUCUUGUUUUGGGAAUACAGCAAUAUCUUUAUGUGAAUGGCCGUAUUGAUAAUAUAUUCUACGAUCCUUAUUAUGAGCGAUUCACGGAGUGCUUGGAUGAAGUAGCACGUAAAUUUUCCGUGCUCUACAACGAUUCGCAAUACAUUGUCACCCGCGUGGAAGAGGAGCAUUUGUGGGAGUGCAAACAACUUGGUGCUCAUUCCCCACACGUCUUGCUCAGCACUCUCAUGUUCUUCAACACCAAGCACUUUAAUUUGACGACUGUGGAAGAGCACAUGCAGUUAUCCUUCUCACACAUAAUGAAGCACUGGAAGCGCUCGUCCCAGAAUUCGAAAGUUCCUGGUUCCCGGAACGUGCUCCUACGCUUUUAUCCACCGCAGGCUGGUUUGGACGCCAAUCCACGAAAAAAGAAGGUUUAUGAGCAACAGGAGAAUGAAGAGAAUCCUCUGCGGUGUCCCGUCCGCCUCUACGAAUUUUAUCUCUCUAAAUGCCCGGAAAGUGUCAAAACCCGCAACGACGUAUUUUAUUUGCAGCCGGAGCGCUCCUGUGUCCCCGACUCGCCAGUCUGGUACUCCACGCAAGCUCUGGGCCAAGACGCGCUGCAACGGAUGCUGCACCGCGUGAAAAUGGUCAAGGAAAUCAAUAUUGCGUUACUGACGACUUAAUGGCUGGCCAGGCAGAUAUAUCAGAGUGUAUGUGCAAGGCGGCUUGUUCUGCAAUAUCACCCGAAGACGAUUGACGAUUCUUCGGCUUGGUGCUUAGCACAAGUUUGUUUGCGGGCAAAACCAAAUAGGGCUAAACUAGGAGCGAGAGUUGUGCUAUAUUAUAAAUUGUUUUUAACUUUUAUACUUACUUUGAGUGUGGCAGCAAUGAGAGGAGAGAUAUUGUAAAAAAAUGUGAACGAUUACCAAGUCCAUCUCACUAUCAAUUGAACUAAAAAAUAAACUAGAAUCCAACAAGUAACAAUCCACCACCACCCAAACACACAACCUACAUAUAAUACUAAUACACCUUCAGACAUCUUCAUUAGGAUAAGUUUAGUAGCCAGAACCACACAUUUUUAGUCAUUACUUAAACUGUUUAGGCGAUAAGGCAAUAAGGAUGUGCCCCGACCGAAGAGCGGAGAGCCGAAUAAGUGCAUGUAUGUAUGUACAUAAGUCUACGAUAGAUGACCAUACAGUGAUUGUACAAUGAAAGUUGUACAUAGGAUGCAAACCUUAACAAUUAGCGGCGCUGAUGUAAGUGUUGAAAAUGUAAAAUGCUGUACUCCUUAACUUCAAGAUUUACACAUGUCUAUAUAUUAAAUACAUACAUACUUUGAAUGGC